AUUGGGUCCUGUUAGCACAUCAAAAGAAGAAAAUAUGUCGGCUGAUGAAGAAGUCAUCAUUAUUCCUGUUGAAGAUAUACUCAGUAUCAAGUAUACUUCGGAUAUAAAAAAACAUGUUAAAGCACAAGAUCAUUCUCGAUUAGUUCCUGUUGCUGAUACAAAAGGUUGUUGCGAUGCAUUCCGAUGUUGUUGUUGUAAAAAGAAAAAAGUUGAACCGAUUCGUGAAAAUACAAUUAUUGAAUCAAAAGAUGCUCAACGUGUUAUAACGGUUCACAUUGAAUAUUCAAAAUAUAGUAACCUCGAUUCAGCUUCAAAUGCUCGUCUUUUAUCGUCCGCAGAUCAGGUUGCUUUCUACAAGAACGCAUUUAAACCGGAUAUAACACUGAAGUUUUAUUUAAUCAAUAAUACAGAAUUUGAACAAGCAAAUUUUAAUCGAAAGAAGGAGCAAGCCGAAAAUCUCUGUCGUACAAUAAUGCAACUGAAAGCAAUGAAAGUCAACAAUUAUCCGAAUCCGGAGGAAUUACAAAAGAUAAUUCAUCAACCAAUUUCAGAAGUAUUUGGUGAUCCACUUGAAGAACGUGUUCAUUCGAUUCAGACACAACAAGAAUUCGGGACACAUGGUCUACCUCCAAUUACGACAACGACAUUCGCGGGUUUGACAGUAAAGCCAGAUAACGAAUAA